UUAUAGUAUUAUCAAGAAGCCGAUGGACUUGAGCACUAUCAAAAAACGUCUGGAACAUAACUACUACACAAAAGCUGCAGAGUGCAUUGAGGACUUCAAAACUAUGUUUUUGAAUUGCUACAUAUAUAACAAGCCAGGUGAUGAUGUUGUGUUUAUGGCCCAAGAACUGGAAAAAGUGUUUACACAAAAAAUAGCCCAAAUGCCAGCAGAAGAAAGACUAGUGAUUCUCAACCAAGGAAAGAGGAAAAGAAAGAAGCUGGAAGAACUACAGCAGCCCGACCCUGGAACUUCAAAUGAACAAAGCACAAUGCAGAUACAAGAUAAGAGUAGUGAACAGCCUUCAGCAACGACUCAAGAGCUACAGCAAGUUGCACUAGCACCUUUGCCUGCAGCUCAGCUGGCUGCUGUAAUGCCAGCUGCAGUCCCUAUAACAAAAGCAAAAAAAGGUGUGAGAAGGAAGGCUGACACUACAACUCCUAGUGCUUCCACAUUCACAGCAAGCAGUGAGUCUUCUGAAACAUUGAAUGAAAGAAAAGCUGCUAAAUCAUGCAGGGGUGAAAAUGAAUGUCUGAUACCAGGCAAGAUUCUGAAAACACAUUUGCCAGAUUCUCAACAGUCACCUGAAAUUCCAAAGUUUCAGUUGUCAAAACAACUAAAGCAUUGUAAUGAAAUACUUAAAGAAAUGCUGUCAAAGAAACAGGCAGCCUAUGUGUGGCCUUCCUUAAAAUCUGCAGAUGGAUCUUUCUCACCUGGGGAGAACCAGAGGAUCACUAAAUAUCCUGCAGACUUGGGAACUAUCAAAAAGAAAAUGGAUAAUUUUGAAUAUAGUGAUAUACAAGAAUUUGCUACAGAUGUCAGAGUAAUGUUCACGAGUUGCUACAAACACCAUUGUCCAGAUCAUGAGAUAGUUGCUAAGGCAAGAAAACUUCAGGACUUUUUUGAGAUGCACUUUGCCAAAAUUCCUCAGGAACCUGUUGUAACUGUUCGUCUGCCACAGCCUGCUAGAAAAAUUACAGACGCUUAUUCCAGUGAGAGCAGUAGCGAUGACUCCUCAGAAGAAAAAUCAUCUGAAGACUCUGAACAGGAGAGAACAGUGCACCUUGCAAAGCUUCAGAAGCAACUUAAAGCUGUUCACCAGCAGUUGCAGGCUUUGACAAGAACAUUCUUACCUAGACUGAAAAAGCAAAAAGGGAAGGCUAAAAGAAAGAAAAAUAAAGGCAAGGGAAAAGCCCAAGUAAAAAGCAUGAUUCAGAAGAAGAAAAACUUAAAACAGAAGAAGAAAUCCAAGAAAGAUCUGUCUUUAAACACUCAGUCAAAGAAAAGCAUGCAGCAAGUCUUGUUACCACCUAAGUCAGAUGAUGAAGAUGGUGCCAAGCCUAUGAAUUAUGAUGAAAAACGACAGUUGAGUUUGGACAUAAAUAAACUCCCUGGAGAUAAGCUUGCAAAAGUAGUCCAUAUAAUACAGUCAGGAGAACCUUCACUGAGGAACUCUGACCCUGAUGAGAUGGAAAUAGACUUUGAGACUUUAAAGUCUUCAACCCUUAGAGAGCUACAGAAAUAUGUGGCAACCUGUUUGAGGAAGAGACCAAGAAAGCAGCAGGCUGAAAAAGGAAAGACAAAAGAACAACGGAACUCUGAGAGGAAACAUGAGCUAGAGAAGAGACUACUGGAUGUCAAUGAUCAACUAAACCCAAAGAAGGAGAACUUCAAGUGUGAAAACAACACUAAGUCCAGUGCUGGACCAAGCAGACUGAGCGACAGCAGCAGCAGUUCCUUGGACUCUGUCAGCAGCACUAGCAGUGGUUCUAACUCCUCGGACAGCAGCGACUCUGAAUUGGUUACAGAAACCUCCUCAACACAGACUGGAGCCAGGCAGGACUAUCCAACUUCUGCAAAAAAGCCUAAGAGAACACCACUGUCUUUACAGAGGACAUCCUGCAAUACUGUUCUGCAAGCACAGCCCUUAUCCACUAGCAGCUUGCAAAAUCAUGGAUCAGCUGAACUGCAGCAGUCAUCUCUCAGUACACUGCAAACCCUGCAGCCUUUGCAGAACAGAUCAAUUAAAUCAUCAGAACUAAAUGCCCAGUCUCUAACAGGUAUAAUCUCAGCUGAGUCUGCUCAGCAUGAUGCUCCAGACCAGCAAACUCCUCAGAAUACUCCAAGGAGAGAUCAAUCUUCUGUCACUUGGGACACACAUGCUCCUCCAGAGGUGUCCAAUGAAACUUUCCAAGUUGAUGGUGCUGAUUGGAGGAAGCAAGCUGAGAAAGCAAUACAGAUAGACGAAUCAAAUGAACUUCAAAACCAGGCCAAUGAGACAACUGCUGAUUCAAUACCCAUAAGUCAAGAACAAAGGACAGUUGUGUGGACAGUCAUAGAGGAAGCCCUGUAGUAGACUCUGCCUCUGAGUACACUUGAACUUCAGCAUUAUCUUGCAUAGUAGAGCCUUUAACAUCAUUCCGUGAAUGUAAUUAUCUGCCUUCAUCCAGAAUAUAGUGGUGUUUGUGCCUGUGAUAUGUGACCCAGCUGUGCUCAGUGUUACUUUAGCCUUUCCACUGAACUGCUGCAGAAAACUGGAAAGGUAUAUGUAGGAGAAUACAGGAUUUUAGUUUGAGGGGGUGUUUAAACAACAGCAACAAACUUUGCUAAUCUGGAAUCCUUGUAGGACUCAACUAGUGAUAGUGUAGAGUGUGCUCAGGGUUAUAUGCCUCUAGUUAGACAAGGGAAGUUCAUUUUAGAACUGGAUGCUUAGAGCAACUUGUAGCCUUUUGUAAAGAAUUUCAGUGUCUUGAGUAUAUCUUUGAGGUUACCUACAUCUCUGAAACAAGUAUUUGACUUCAGACUUGUGAUGUCUCUGAUAGUAAGGAUGCGGGCUUGAUGUAUCACUGAGUUUAGUGGUGGUUUGUUAAGAAGCUUCAUUUUUGAAAGCAGGAACCAAUAGAUUCUCUUCAGUUUAAAAAGCAGUGCCUCAGAGGUUCUGUGAAGGCUGGUAUUGCUGUAAGCAGCUCUAAAAAUGCAUGCUUCAAAGUCCAUGGCUGCAAACACUUUUGUCACAGCCUCAUACGCCUAUUUUAUCUAGAGCUUGAAGACAGACAUGGCCAUAAACUUAAAUCCAUCUUGAGUUUGAUCAACCUCUACCUUGAGACAAACAUAUCUUAACAAUGGAGUUGGGCAUUGUUUGUUAUGUGAGUUUCUUGCUUUAUUUUUAAGUGUGCAGUGCCUGAGGUUGUCAGGUUUCUUUAUAAAAAUUCAAGGUGUCUCUAUGAGGACAAAGAACGAAUGAAAGAUCCCUUGUUUUAAGGAUGCCUUAAUAUACUAAUUCUCUGCUCUGGAGGAAGACAAUAACAGCAUUUGAUCUAGAUAGGCUGCUUAACUGGAAUCCACAAGAAUGAAGAUAUCAGGAUUUGGAAUUCUCUUCAGUAGUAACUGAGACUUCAAGGUCUUUCUUCCUACUCCAUGUAUAGUAAAAGCUCUCCUGCUUACUCGUGAUUACACAAUCUUAGAGGCCUGGAGACCUGUGUCAUUCAUAUCUGGUUCUAAAAUAGUGUCUCUUUUAGAGCACACCAAAAGCUUGUUAAAAGGGAACACAACAAAAUAAUACACAAGAUAAAAAACCCUCCAUCCUAUAAU